UGACCAGGCUCCGCGGGAAAGAAAGAGAAGGAGCGGAAAAGGGCAGAUUAAAAACGGACACAGAAAGAGAAGAAACGGGGAGCGAGAGCUGAUCAGAUGGACGAGCAGCAUGACCAUGAAUCCUACGGUGGAGAUGUUCCGGAAGAAGAAGGCGAGAUGGAUGGCGAUGUCGAAAUGUCGAGGGCUGACGACGACGAUCCCAAUUCCAAGGAGAAUCUCGAGGAGAUGAAGAAGAGGCUGAAGGAGAUCGAAGAUGAAGCUGGCGCCCUUCGUGAGAUGCAGGCAAAGGUCGAGAAGGAGAUGGGCGCCGUUCAAGAUCCUUCUGGUACUGCUGCAACCCAAGCUGAAAAGGAGGAGGUGGAUUCCCGCUCAAUCUAUGUUGGUAAUGUAGACUAUGCAUGCACUCCUGAGGAAGUCCAGCAGCACUUCCAAUCAUGUGGGACAGUGAACAGAGUGACGAUUUUGACCGACAAGUUUGGUCAACCCAAGGGGUUUGCUUAUGUGGAGUUUGUUGAAAUAGAUGCCGUUCAGAAUGCUCUCCUGUUGAAUGAGUCUGAGUUGCAUGGUCGUCAAUUGAAGGUCUCAGCUAAACGAACCAACAUUCCAGGAAUGAAGCAGUACCGAGGAAGGCGCCCCAACCCAUACCUUGGUUCUCGAUUCCGAAGACCAUUCAUGCCAGCCCCCUUCUAUUCUCCUUAUGGAUAUGGAAAGGCUCCAAGGUUUCGGCGGCCCAUGCGAUACAGGCCAUACUACUGAUGGGGUUCUCGUCAGCGGGCCGCAGAACCAAAAUAUUGCAAAACAUUUGUACGAGUGGCCAUUGCAUGGUAUGUUUAGAUGUCAGUUCCUUGUUUGUUGGAGUACUGAAAUCCUUCUCCCUAACAGCUUGUAUUAUCUAUAAGUUGAGGGCCAACUUGAUUGCCCAAAUUUGCAAUCCUCUCGUGGGGUUCUCCAAUCCCCGUCUUGGUAAAUGUUGGGCGCAUUUGAUUGAUGGGAGCUUGAAAAGGAUGGAAUUGUUCUAGUGUUGUGGAAAUAUGCAGAUUUCUGUCAUGUUAAUGAUUCUUAUGAGAAAUUUUAGGAUAGAGAACUUGGCAACCUAUUUGAAGUUACUGGUUCCAAUCAAUGAUUCAAAGAGCGCCCUGAACUCCAGUAUGAUGUCAGGUUCUCGCACAGGGAUCUGAGAUGUAGUGACCAUGUUGUGUGCUUUUUAUCCAGUUUGUUUUAGUGGUUAAAGCCUUGCUUUUUUA